AUGCAUCAGCUAUCCCAUUUGGAUCGCUCAUUAGCAAUCAAAAAUGGAUCGAACUUGUGCAUUGAUCGAUUAUUAAUAAUUGAGGCAGCAUUAAUAUUAUGGAGCUAUAUCGAAUGUGGUUCAAUGUACUACAUGUUGUGCCGUUCUCCUCAAUAUCACCCAAAUCUACGUCUCUUGCUCAAACAUCUAGUCGGCCAAUAUUUCGUGUCAAUGGCAUGCCGAUUAGUACAGAUUUUUUACGAGUACGAUUGUACACUUGCCCAAUCAAGAGAAUUCGAUGACAUAAAAAGUCCGUUUUUUUACGCAACAGUUCUUCGAAACUGUCUAGUUUUCAUAGCAUUUUCUUUUGCGCCCGUUACUAUGAUUGAACGACUGUUAGCAUCAUUCCUUAUGGCUGAUUAUGAAAAGAAACCGCGUCGUUACAUAUCAAUAUUGUUAAUAGUAAUUCUCUAUGGCUGGGCAGUAUUUUGCGGAAUCACAUUCAUUUUUGAGCUUCUGCCUACCUAUUUUCAUGGAAUUUCUUCUCUUUCUCUCAAUUUUUGCGCCUUACUAGCAUGCUUCUUCAACGAAUAUUAUAAUCGAAGGAAACUUGCAAACAGUUUAGUGGCGUCAAAGGAUAUUCCAAACUAUUCAUUGAGUCAACGUUAUCAGAUCUCAGAAAAUCUCAAAACUGCGAUGUUAUUCAAACGGGGAAUCGUGGUAGCUAUCUUCUUCAGUAUUCUAUGUGUGAUUAUGAUUUUGUUGAGCAGUAUAUACAAAAGCGACAACAUGUUUAACUGGAUACAAAUUGGAUUCAACUACGCCGCAAUAAUCUACGGUGUUGGUAUCCCAGCCGCAAUGUACUAUUAUGACGAGAAUUGGAAAAGGGAUCUCAUUAUGUUUUUCAACAAAUGGGUUUUGAGAAAACUACCGGCUACGGUGAAUGCUGAACGUUCUCUCAAAUCAACAUUCGGCGAGAGGAUGAUACACGAAAAAAAUCGGGAAACUGCCAUCUAUUUCCAACAAUUACAACAAGAUUGGUCCGAAAAAACGCAAAAAACUCAUGUUUAA